AACAAAACAAGAGCGUGCUCUCAUGCGGUGCUUGCAUGGCGAUGUUCGGUGUCCCUUGAGAGCAGCGAGGCUCGCAGCCUGCACGUUUGUAGGUGUUAUCUUCAAUGAUGAUCAUUGUGUGCAGGGAUGUCUUGAUUGCCGUGUGUCGCAGGUAACGUGCCUGAAAACUUAUGUUCAGGAUGGAACAGGAGUUUCAAGAAAUAGACUCUAAAAACUCUUGGAAUUCAGUCUACCAGAAGAUCAGACACAAGUCCAACAGCUAUGACUACACGUGCAAAGACGCACGGCGAAUGGAUAACAAGAGCUUAAAUCGGUACCGAGAUGUAAAUCCAUAUGACCACAGCAGAGUGAUCUUAAAACGAGGCGACAAGGAUUAUAUUAACGCCAGUCUGGUUAAAGUGAAGGCAGCUAAUCGCACCUACAUUUUAACUCAGGGACCUUUACCGACAACUACAAGCCAUUUUUGGCUCAUGGUCUGGGAGCAACAGACUAAGGCCAUUUUAAUGCUUAAUCGUAUCAUCGAGAAAAACACUGUAAAGUGCCAUCAGUACUGGCCGAUGAGCCAGGAUGAAGAGCUUGUGCUCACUGGGGUAGGACUCAAAGUGGCCUUUCUCGGGGAAAAGCCAGCAACCAACUACACCGUCCGGGAACUGAUGCUCACCGACCUUGAGAGUGGGCAGAAGCGUGUGGUACUGCAUCUGCACUAUACGACCUGGCCCGAUUUUGGGGUGCCUGAGUCUCCAGCAGCGUUUUUGGCCUUUCUGCAAGCUGUUCGGGAGUCUGGGGCAUUGGAUGUUGAUGUAGGGCCACCUGUGGUGCAUUGCAGUGCAGGCAUCGGCCGUUCGGGGACCUUUUGCCUGGUGGACUCUUGUCUUGUACUGAUUGAAGCCAAUGGGGGCCGCCUUGACCGGGUGGACGUGCAGGAAGUGCUGCUGGAGAUGCGCAAGUACCGCAUGGGUCUGAUCCAGACACCAGACCAGCUGCGCUUCUCCUACCUGGCCAUCCUGGAGGGCGCUCGGGCCUUGUCCUGCUGCCAGCAGAAGGAUGCCCACCCCACAGUGGAUGAGCGGGUGAUAAACCGAAGCCCUGAGCGCAAUGGUAUCACUGAGGAGAGCUCUGAAUCUGAAGCAACCGAUUCUUCAGAUGAUGAGGAUGAAGGUGAUGAUGAGGACACGGUUGGUGGUGGAAAAGAUGCCAGUGAGAAUGGUGAAGGCAGCAGCAGGCUCCCAACUGGGGCUGGUGACUCUCCACCGCCACUGCCACCUCGGCUCAAGCGUUCCUCUGAGGAGAACUCAAACAGUUCAAGUGAAGCAAAGGAUCUUCCAGCAGGUGAACCUGGUGCAAAGGAGACACCUCCAAGGAAAAGCGCCGGAGAGGAGGCAGAGUUGCGCAGGCGGCAACGACGCGAGAGGGUGGAGCGCACAUCACAGAUGCUGCAGCGUAUGCGGCAGAAGCAGCGCUCUUCAGAAGCCUGGGUCCAGCGAGGGCGUCUGCUGAAGCGCGUCUCUAUUGGCCUUGUUCUCCUACUGGGAACAGGUGUGCUGGUCUACAAGUACUACGACUCUGGCAAAUAGCUUAGCAGCUUUGCAAGAUAAGUCACACAUAGUUGAUGGGCAGGAUUGGUGGUUAAACACCUCAGAUACCAACCACAAUGCUGUUUUGGCCAAUGUCCAUGCAACGUGCAAAAAUAGGUUGCUAGUAAGACCAAAUGAAGUGUGACUGAACCUGUUGAAAAGGGCAGCAUCACUGGAAACACAUCUACAUUUUCAUCGACUGUUCAUCGACCAUCUUGUUGUCUGUUAGGACUUUUGAGGGCGCACUUUAGGCAAUUGAAGUGAAGUUUACAUGUCUUCACAUUUCUUCUUAUUGGAUCUCAUCUAAACAACACAUUGUUCAGUGCAUAGCAAUUGUCAUGCCCUCAUCUGUUGUAAACAUGCAUUCUUAGUUAUCGUGCUUGGCGAUAUUGUUCGUUUGAUUAAAGCAUCCUCCCAAUUUUUGAAGCUUUGUGGGUGCACUCCCCUGAUUAAAGUUUUCGAUAAAGCUUACUUAGGUGAGUUGUGAUCAGUCCUAACUAUUAAACUCACCAUCUUUUAACCAGUGUUGCCUUAGUGUGGUUUAAAGCUCAGGGCAUUUAUUUGGAUGUAUGCUGUUUUUGUCAUCUAAGGUAUCUGGUGUUCUUUGUCGUUUAUGCAUAAAUUUAAUCUAUGGCCUAGUUGUUGCUGCGUGUAAACUUUGCUAAGCUCAAGGCCAUAUACAAAUGUGACAUUUGAUUGUAUUGAGAACUCAUAUACAUUGUCCUAAAAAUCGAGAACCAGUGGUCAGUCAAUUGAUAGGGCUUUAUUCAUAGCCCUGUGUUGAAUAAAUGGUGUUUCAAGGAACUUUCAUGCUGCAGUUCAGUGUACUGGGCUGUCAGAAGUUUCAAAUUCAUUCAUUUUGCUUUUGUAAUUGUUCUGUCUGGCUUGUUACUUCUUAUUUUGUAGGGUCGGUGCUGGCCUCCACUGUUGAGGCAUGUGCUUUGUAUGAAAAUCGGAAGUAUUGAAGCUUGCUGUAAGGAGCUAAAAAUUUUUUUUUAUUGUGCACCAAAACUGUCAAAUGUUUCAAAUGCCAUGCUUACCAUUUUAUGCUUAUUGCUUUCUUGUAUAUUUUGUGUUUUACUGCUGUGUGUAUUUUCAACUAGGCCUCUUUGAAAAAUGUCACCAUUUUCUCAAGCCCUUAGAAAGCGAACGGUAGUACCAGGGUUUGAUUACCACUUGUGUUUUUUUUAAUCACAUGUGUACUUCCACUUUGGCAGCCUGGUAGCAAGGUGCUUUGCUUUUGGCAUUUUACAUGCUGGAUGUUCUCAUGCACUGUGCCUCCUGUGGAGGUAGAUGCCACAUCUAUGUAGAAAAUGUUUCCUUCUAUUCUUGUGACUUUUGGGGAUUAGUUUAUCUUACAAUAUUGCAUACUGGUGACAGGUGCUAUGCUGUACAGUGCAUUACAACACUUAGUAAUGUGGAUGACAGCUGUUCUCAUGCAAUAUUUUGGAAUCACCGAUUUGUCCUGCAACAGUUACUGAAAACAAGAGUAAUAAGUUCAUCUUCUGAAGCAUUCUGAGGUGUAAUUCCUUUUUCUGCUUUCUUUCUUUGUUUUUGUUUUUUUGUAGCAUCUGCUGUAGUCUGGUGUUUACACAAUGUCAGUCAGUUGCACGAUCUUCUUGGAACAGCAGGUGUUUGAAGGCAGCUGAAUGAUUUUUUUAUGCUGCUUAAGUUGCUUGCUGCUGUUUGUUCUUCUGUUAACACUGGUUAGUUACUUACACAAGCUAUCCCACCUCCUUACAAUUCAACGGUUGCUUUGAAAGCAGCAUCGAUUUUUUUCUGUACGACUACUUGAGCUUCUUUUCACUUCACAUCUGCAUAUGUGGUGCACACCAUUUUUAAUGCAUGUCAUUGUUCUGGAAGGGUUAUUGUCACAGAAAUGGGUGAUUUGUGCGUUUUAACGGGCCUAUUUUUGGGCUUUUAACUUUAAACUGCAAGCUAUUUGUCAGAAAAUGGUUAAAAAAUAAAUGAACACUGCAGUGCCUAAAAGAGUUCUGUAUUUUCAGAUGUUUGUCUAGAGAGCAGAGAAACCUGAUGGGUUUGUAAAGCCAUUGUAAAAAAGAUUGUGCUGUCACAUUCAUUUGAACGAUUGUUUGUUUGUCUGCACUGUCAUUUGAAGGUUUUGUAGAUUGUAGUUUUUUUAACUGCUUCAUGUUUUGCUGUUUCAUAUAGAGCCAGUUGUGUGUUCUUCCUCCUUUAAACAUGGCAGAAACAUAGAUGAUGUGUCUGAUGCUGCUUAAAACUGUACUGUAAUGCAACAAUUCUUGUCGUAGACUUAAAGACAUUCUAAGACCAGAUUUGUAGUGAUGCUGUUGUUCCUCUGUCAUAAGGGUGAGUUCAGGACACUAUACUUGUGAAAAUUUUGGCUGUGACCUUGACAGAGAAGCUCAUCCUUAUGAUGAAUGCAAAUCACCAUUGUGCAGAAAGGUGAAACUAACAGGCUAUGAUUUGCUAUAUAAGUGCUAAAGCGAGGCUGAACAUUUUCAUUGUCUCUGCGUAUUUUAUGUGCUCGUGGAUAAAGAGCCACAACCUGAAAAGUGUUUGAAAAGUGUUUGUAAACAUCGGCUGAAACAAAUUUUACAGACUGGUAGUUACCUGCUUCAAUGCAAUAAGCUAGACUACUACUAUUGUGAAGAACCAUUGCACAUAAAAUGAAAGUUUACAUUCCAACUGGCAAAUUGUAAGCAAUAGUUGCUGGUCUAUUAAACUUGCUACAGCAGUAUUCACUGGUAAGGUCAUUACAUAUUGUUUUCUGUUCUUGGUAUGUUGUAAUAAGGUAUUGUAGCCUCAAACAGGGGCUAAACCUUGUUUUUCUGUGUUACGCUGAAGUAGCAUGAUGGGAUGAAUGGUGGGCUUGAAGUGUCACAUGUUACUCUAGUUCAUGGCUUCAAUUUGUUCAAUUUUGUCAUGUGCUGGACUGUUUGUACUCGGGGAUUCCUUGUAGGUUGUUUUGCUAUGCUAUUCUUUGCUGUGUCAGUAGUACCAAAAUAAGCUGUUUAAAGAGCCAAGUCAUGGGUGGAGAACUGCAGAGAGUACAAAGUAAAUGUGUGUGAUUCUUGUGGUUGGGGUACUGGCUGGGCUAUGUGCUUUUUUCUAGUUUGCCUUAUUUAUUGCUGGCUGUGUGAACUGUUUUUUGUCCAGAUGCUGCCGAAUGUCAAGACACUGCCUGUUGUGAAAAUGCUAGAAUAAACAUGCUUCUUUGCUAAGCCUUGUUAUAA